AAUCGGUCUCGGGGUUUAAGCAUAGUUAGGGUUUCGGGAUUGGGGCUGUGUUUGACAGCAAGAAUUGUAUGAUUUAUCGAUAGGACGUGCAGCAGUGGACGAGGGUACGGUAUUUCAAAGACCUGUAGAAGCUUGGGAAUUGGAAGAUGAGGGUGAAAAAACAAAAGCAAGUGCGGAGACACGUGAGAUUUUUCAAGGCGUGUUGCGGAUUCAGAGAGCCUUUCAAGGUCUUGUGCGAUGGGAACUUUGUGCACGCAGCGCUUACUGCGCGUAUGGGUGGCUUACAGGAUGCAUUGCCGAAUUUUCUGGGCUCAGCUGCCAAAGCCUUUGUCACGAGGUGUGUGAUACAAGAACUGAGGAAACUGGGUGAGGUUUUCUCAGGGACAGUUUUGGCAGCCCGUCGUCUUGAUAUUGCCAAGAAGUGGAUGGAAGUCUGAUUGAGCAAUUACGGAUAACACAGGUGCAAUCACGAACCUCCAGUAUCAGCUGCGGAAUGCGUGGAAGCAAUGAUAGGGAAAAACAAUCCCGAGCAUUUUUUCGUUGCCACUCAAGAUUUUGAGCUUCGGAAGAGAAUUCGCAAGGUUCCUGGAGGUGGUAUUAUCUUUGCUCAGAAUACAGGUCUUAUUAUGGAACCACCUUCUACACAGCAGGUAGCAUACGCUCGCAUGAGCGAGGCCGAGCGAGCACAUAUGGCUGAGCGUGAACAGAAGAUAAUUGAGGAGAGAGCUAGACGUAAAGCUGAAGCCGCCUUAGCUGCCAAGACUGCACAAGAAGCACCCGCUGACCUCGACGUUCCAGCAAAUGAGCAAAAACCAGUUUUGAAGGAUAGGACGAAACUGAAGCGGAAGCUGCCCAAGGGACCGAAUCCGUUAUCACAGAAGAAGAAAAAGAUGAAAGUUACUGAGUCAAAUACUUCGGCGGUUAAAAUUCCGAGCGCGGAAGAAGGAGCCGACGCUUCCACAAAGAGACAAAGACACCGGGUGCGGCGGAGGAAGUCUAGCGUGACAAACGAAAAGAAGGACGAAACCGACUAGCUUGUAGAAUUGCAGUCUAUUUACUUUGGUCAUUGGUAAAAGCACUAAAGGGCACUGCAAGCCAUUCGAAGAGAGCCCGAAGUGAAGUCCUCAAGGUUUACUAAAUAAGUCAGUGCGUGUAGGAGUUUGCAAGCCACUGGUGUAGUCUUGCAUUUGGCCUGUAAUUCUGCGAAUCUUUUCCUCCUCAAAUCAAAUCUAUACCCUGAAAGUUAGGCUGAACGAUUUUAGCUCGAUGAUAGUGCUCUGUGGUCAUGCUUUUGUCCACUCACCCCACAGAAUUGUAUAAAAUUUCACAAGAGUAUAGGCUCGCGCUGUUAUUCCUGCUGCUCC